AUGGCUGUGCCUGGCUCUGUGAAUUUGCGUAAUCUCUCUGGUACAUACAAUCUAAAUAAACAACUGUCAGAUUCGACCGAUGCGGCCUUGCAGAUGCAAGGCAUCGGCUGGCUGGUCCGUCAAGCUGUAAAGUACUCGAAUGUCACCCUCCAUGUCAAGCAGUUCGUUGGUGAAGACAACCUCAUGCACAUAGACAGCGAGCAAAUCACGACAGGGAAUAUCCGUAACCUCGAGGACCGCAUAAUUGACUUCCAAUGGCGUGAAAAGGACGACAGAAUCUUUGGAAAGGUCAACGGACGCUCACGUUAUGUCCAACUGGAUGAGGUCGAGGACGAAUACCUCAGGCAGGGCUGGGAUGAGCAGUUCCUCGUUCAAGAGGGUCAUCAGGUCCUCCAAAUCUUUGUGGAGAGUUUAGGGAAGAAGCCCAAUUGGACCGCUGAACAAGUUUGGGGCUUUGAAGUAGUAGAUGGGUCUAAGCGUCACACUAGACGGAUCAUUGUCAAGAAGGGCAAGGAGGAGCACAAGCUUAGGUUGGUCUAUGACUGGGUCGUGGAAAAGGACGAAGAUGCAGAUCUAGCUUAUUGA